AUGAAAAUUUUUUUUAUAGGAAAUUUUAGUAGAUUCAAUUAUUAUUCUACUUCAGUAUUAAAAGGCCUUUAUAAUAAUUCAAUUUGCAAUCAUUUAAAAAAAAAACUAUUUUUACGAAAUUUUAUUUCUAUAAAUGAAGAAGAUAAAUACAAUGAUAACUCCAAUAAACAAAAUAAAGAAAAUGAUAUAGUGGAUGAUAUAUAUAUUCAAAAACAAAAAGAUUUUGUAAACAAAUUUGAAGAGGAAAAUUAUGAUAAAGAAGAGUAUAGUACAGUAAGAAUAUUAAAUAAAAAUGAAACUAGCAAUGAUUUUUUAUUAAAUAAUGAGAAAUAUAUAAAUUUUAUAGAGAAGUAUAAUUAUGAAAAAAUGAGAAAUAAUAAAUCUCCUGAAAAAAAAAAUAAUAGAUUCAGUCAAAACGUAUUGGAAAAUGAUGAAAAAAGUUUAUGGGAAAUUUUAAAAGAAAAAGAAGAUUAUUUAAGAAACAAAAAAAAAUUGAAAGCAUAUCAAAAAGAUAUUGAUCAUAAAAUGAGUAGAGAGAGUGAAAAAAUAAAAAAAGAAGAAAAAUUUAUUGAAUUAGAUCAAAAUAAAAAAAAAAAUAGAGAACAAUUAAAUAGUGAUACUAAAAUUAAAAAUAAAAAAAAAAAUAAUAUGAAGGACAUACAUGAUGACAUUGAUUUGUUUUUAAAAAAUGAUGAAACGUAUGUCAAUGAUAUAAAAUCGUAUGAUGAAAUUUACGAGGAUUCUUCAAAAAGGAUUAGUGAAAAUAAUAAGAAUGAGAAACUAGAGGAAGAAAAUUGCUCAAAUAAUAAAAUAAAUUAUGAAAAGGAUGAUCUUAAUAUAAAUAAUAUAAUUCAAGAAGAUUUUAAGUAUCAUAAUAUUUAUGAUGAAAUAAAUAAAUACAAUAAUGAACAAAAAAAAUUAACUAGUGAUAUUUUAAUUAAUGAUUUGAAUUCUCCAAAUAAUAUAAAUUCUCCAAAUGUCGUGAAUAAUUUACUCUUUGUUGAAGAAACAGAUCAUAUUACAGCAAAAAGAUGCCUUAAUAAUUUAUCAAAAGAGAAUGGAUUAAUGAAAAACGAUGAUAUAAAUAAAAAGAGUGAAUCUCAAAAAGAUGCUGAAAUAAAAAAAGGAGAUGUAAUAAAAAAUAAUAGUGAAAUGGAAGGAAAAAAUGUUAUUAAAGUUGAAUCUUCUGAAAUAAUAAAAAGAUUAAGUGGAGAAUCUUUAAGCACCAUUAUUGAUGGAAAUAUAGACAAUUUAAUAAUACAAAGAGAAAUAAAGAAAGAAAAAACAGUGAAUGGGAUAAUAAGUGUAGUUUAUAAUAAUUUACAUAAUUGCGAUAAUAUUAAUUUAAGUAGUGCACUUCUUAAAAUAUCUAAAUUAAUAGAUUCAUAUCAAAAACAAAGCAUAAUAAAAAAUUAUAUGUAUUUGUGUAUUUUAAAAAAAAUUGAAGAAAAUUUAAGUUUAUUUGAAAUUUCUAACUUAGUUCAAAUAUUUUAUGCGUUCGUUAAAAUUGAUCAUUUGCCCUUUUUUUUUAAUUGUAUCAUUAAUCUUAUUAAUGAAAAAAUAAAUGAGAUAGAAGCAAAACAUAUAUGCAGUAUUUUAUAUACAUUAAGUAAUAUAAUUAUUGAAACAAAUGAAAGUAGAAAUUUAAAAAAUAAAAUUAUUGAUAUAAUUAAAUCAAAUAUUUCAAUGUUUGUAUGUUUAAAUGAUGUUAUUUGCUUACUUACAGCAUUAUCUAAAUUAAAAUAUAAAGAUGUAAAUACUUACUAUCAGUUGUCAAAAAAAAUAGAAGAAAAUUUAGAUCAAUUAAGUAUGAAAAAUAUAAGCAAUAUAUUGUGGUCUUUUAGUAAUGUUAAUUAUACAUGUAAAUUAGUCAAAAAAGUUAAAAAAAUUAUAGAAAAAAAUAUUCAUGAUUCUAGUUAUUUAGAUGUUAUUAAUAUAAUAUAUUCCUUAACAAAAUUGAAUGAAUAUGAUGAUUAUCUUUAUAAUGAUGUAUUUUAUAAUGCUAUUAAUAUUUAUAUACAUAAUAUGAGUAUAAAAAAUUUAUGCAUUAUUUUGUGGUCCUAUACUUUUGCAAACGUAGAUAAACCAGAUUUGUAUAUUAAUAUUUUGACAAAAAUAAACGAAAAUAUGAAGCAUAUUAGUAGUAAAGAUGUUGUUUCUAUAUUAACGUGUUUAAGUAGAAUUAAAUUUAAUUAUAGAUAUAAGCAUCUCUUUAAUCAUUUAAAAAAUAAGGUAAUAAAAAAUCUAUAUGCAUUUACUCCAUUGCAACUGACCAAUGUUAUAUAUCAUUCAUCAUUUUUAGAUAUAUAUGAUCACAAAUAUUAUUAUUUAUUAGUUCAACAAAUUUAUCAAAUAAGAAAAUUGUUGUAUUUAGAAAAUUUAACGUUAAUAUUAUAUUCGUUAAAAAAUAUAUAUUACUUAAAUGUAAAAAAUCUUGAUGUUUUUAAAUUAAUUUCUUAUAUUUUAGAACAAAUAAAAAAGAAGUAUAAAUUAUUGUAUGGAGAAGAUUGUAUAAAUAUAAUGCUAAUAAUAAAUGAUUUAAUGAAAUAUACCAAUCAGGGUUAUUUAAAUUUCUCCUAUAUUUCUGAAUAUAAAAAUAUGGAUAAUAAAUAUUACUUAAAUACAUUAAAUAAUGAAAAUGAAUCAUAUGCAAACAAUUAUGUGGAUAUAUUCAAUGAUAAUGUAAACAUAAAUCAAUUAAAUAUUGAAAGUGAAGAAGAAGUCUAUUUACCAUAUAUAAAUGAUUUAUUAUAUGAACAGAUAAAAAUCAGAUUAAAUAAUUUCUGGCAAUUAAGCAUUAAGGAUGUUAAUAAUUUAUUAAUUAUUUUGAAAAAUGGUAAUAUAUAUGAUGAUGUAAUAAUAAAUAUGAUAAUGAGACAAAUUAUUCCAAUAUUAUUAAAAAGUUCAAAUAUAGAAUUUUUAAUUUUUUUAAGUAAUAUUACAGCAAAUCGGAAUUUGAAAUUUAUAGCAUUAACGCAUUUGUCUCGUAGACCAAAAUUAAUAAGUGUAUUUAAAAAAAAAAUUAAUUCAAUAACUCAAAAUAUAUUAAAUAAUUAUGGGGAAGAUGAAAAUGAUUAUUCCAUUUAUAAUAAUAAACAAUUAAUUAAUAAUUCAGAUAAAGAAUGUGAUACAAGUCACAAUGAAAAAAAUAAAGAAGAAAAAAGGAAUAUUAUAAAUAAUGAAGAAUUAAAAAAUAGCAAUAAUACAUAUAAAGAUGUUGAGGGUAUUAAGGAAAAUAUAAACAACUUUUUAAAAAUUAAAUAUUGUAAUAAUGAAAUUGUAACAAAUAAUAGUGAUAUUGAAUUAAAUUAUGAUAUUAAAAAGAGAAGCAAAAUAGACAUAAAUAGUUGUAUAGCACUUUGCUAUGCCUGCUUUAAUAUUCAUUAUGAAGAUGACAAUAUUUUGAAAUUAUACGAUGUCAUUGAACAUAUGAUUAUAGAAGAAAAAAAGCCUAUAAAUUCUUUUAUGUUAAUAAAUUUUUUAUAUGUUUUAACUUUAACAAAUAAUAAGAUGGAUUUAGUUAGAAAAUUAUCAGAGGAAUACAUGAAUCAUAGAUAUAGUUAUGAUAUAGAACAAAAUAAUUUGAAUCUUUACAAUGAACAACAUAAUGAUUCUAGACAUGAAGGAAAUGAAAUAGGAAAUGUGAAAUCAGUUUUAAGUUUUAAUUUAUUUUACGAUUCAAAUGAUAAAUUGUCUUCGUAUAUCCAAAAAGGAGAUGAAGAUAUUUCUUUAUUAUUAUUAAAAUUAUUAUAUGUAAACAUUUUGUUAAACAAAUAUAACUAUUUAUAUCAUAUAUUAAGUGAAAUUUGUAAAUAUUAUGAUGAUAUAUAUUCAUAUGAAUUUAUUAUGUUAUCAAAACAAGUAUGCUAUCAUAUUUAUAAUUUUUCUAAUUUUUUUUGUAAAAAUAAAGAUAUGCAUCAUAUAUGGAACAAAGUAUUAGAUAAUGUAUAUAUUAACGAGGAAAAUAUAUAUUUAGAUUUAAAUUAUGAAAAAACAAAUGUUAAUCUUAUCGAUGAAAAAGAUAAUAAAACAAUAAAUUUUUCAUUAAAUAAUAAAAAAAUAUGCAAAUCAUUAGAUAAUAAUAUGAAUAUUGCAAAGUUUUUUUAUUAUAUUUUGAAUUAUAAUAUAGAUGAUAUCAAUAACAGAAAUAUUAAUUAUUUAACAUCUAAAAAAGAAAAAAAAAAAAUUAAAAUGUUUCAUUUUGAUCAUAUUAUUAGUGAUAUUUUAAAUUUCUUGAAUAUUCAAUAUAAAGGGUCUUAUAUUCAUGAAAAUAUUUAUAAAAUUUGUUGUUCGUUUCCUUAUGAAAGGCAUUUAAUAGAUUUACUUUUAUAUGAAGAUGUUUUAUUUCCAUCAAAUAGACCAUUAUUAUCUUCAGAAUUAAGACAAAAACAACUUGCUUUAAAAGGUUGGACAGUUCAUUCAUUAAAUUUUAGAGAUAUAUAUAACAGCAUAAAAGAUAAAAAUAUUAUUUGCUAUAUUUUUAAUAUUUGCAAAAAGAUAAAAAAAGAUUUAAACAGUUUUCCAAAUAAUGAAAAAAUAAUGGAAGAAAAGGAGUUUUGGGAAAAUAUCAAAUAUGCAAAUAUUUAA